AUGACACUUGCCCAGAAAUUAUCGGGCUAUCCGAGCUUGCUGCUCGCCGGUAAUCCUUCCAAGCUUGACCUGGGCCGCUUGGUACUGGGAAUAGUCUCCUCCAUCGCUUCGGGCGUCCCCUUUCCUCUGAUUGGAAUCCUGUUUGGUCAGCUCCUCGACGACUUUAACGGUGUGACGUGUGGUGAAUCCGACGGUUCAGAGUCUGAUGCUCAGUACCAGUCUGAUAUCAACAGCAAAAUACUGAUAAUUGUUUACCUGGCAAUCGCCCAAGUGGUGACAAUCUACUGCCAUCUCACCUGCUGGACUCUGAAUGGCGCGCGAUUAGCACAGCGACUACGGGAGAGCUAUCUGGAGAACCUCCUCCGGCAGGAACCAUCCUACUUUGACGACCUGCCUCCGGGCGAGAUCGCCUCUCGGUUGAAUGGCGACAUCCAAGCCAUCCGCUCCGGCACCUCGGAAAAAGUUGGCAUCGUUCUUUCCAGUCUGUCCUUCUUCGUCACCGCAUACAUCGUCGCGUUCAUCAAAGAGUGGCGAUUGGCCGCCAUGCUCAUCUCCCUGAUCCCCGCGUAUUUCCUCAUGUCCUUUGUGGGGAGCCACUACAUUGAGAAAUAUUCCGCCCGUAUGUCGGAUCAUGCGGCAUCUGCGGCAUCUAUCGCAUCCGAGGCGUUAUCCAAUACUGUUGUGGUGCAGGCGUUCGGUGCCAACGGUCGGCUGGAGGACAAGUUUUCCACGGAACUCAAGGCGGCCGAAACAGAGGGCUUGAAGAAGUCCACGGCGAUUGGCAUCCAGUCCGGAUUCUUAUACUUCAUCGCGUACGGAGCUAAUGGUCUUGCCUUUUGGCAAGGGAGCCGGCGCGUGGCGGACGCAGUUGGCCAUAGCUCCCAAGGCGCCACGGUGGGGGCGAUUUUCACCGUGAUUUUCAUCCUUGUAGAAGCAACUCUCUUACUCAGUCAGGUGGCCCCAUUCCUUCAUCUUUUCACCGCGGCGGUCGCCUCCUUCCGAAAGCUGCGCGAAGACAUCGAUCGCGUACCUCAGAUCGACGGCACGACGGACUCUGGCCAUCGUCUGUCGCAGGCUGAGGGUGGUUUCGAAUUCCAGGACGUGUCAUUUACCUAUCCCUCCCGCCCCGAAAUCACAGUGCUCGACCAAGUCAGUCUCUCUAUCCCGGCCAACCAACAUACGGCCAUUGUCGGUCUAUCGGGCAGCGGCAAAUCGACCAUCGCGGGUUUGGUCACUCGGCUAUACGAUCCCACCCAAGGACAGAUCCUCUUCGAUGGCCAUGACUUGCGAGAGCUCAAUACUCGAGACCUGAGAAGCUUCCUCAGUUUGGUGCAGCAAGAACCGUCACUCCUCGACCGAUCGCUCUUGGAGAAUAUUGCCCAUGGCUUGAUGAAUUCCAGCAACCCGGACCACGCUCAUUUGAAGAGCACUCUUGUCGGUUCCGACCUGUCCGAUCUAGCGCAGGAAAUCCGUGACGGCCAGGAAUUGUCGGCUGCAGCAGAGAAACGCGGCGCGCAUGUGGUCGAGAUCGUCACCCUAGCCCGGAAGGCCGCGGUGCUCGCCGAUGCUGACACCUUCAUCAGCGCCUUGCAAUAUGGAUACGGUACCAUGGUGGGCUCGAGUGGACGGCUAAUCAGCGGUGGCCAGAAGCAACGGGUCGCCCUAGCCCGGGCUUUGGUUAAGGAUCCCCAAGUGCUCAUCCUGGACGAAGCCACCGCUUCGCUUGAUUCCCGCAGCGAACAACGGAUCCAGCGAGCCAUCUCCAAUAUCGCCAGCGGCCGCACGAUGAUCACGAUUGCCCACCGGCUGUCGACCAUCACGAAUGCCGACAACAUCAUCGUCAUGCACAAAGGACACAUUGUGGAGCAGGGAGAUCACGCGACGCUGAUGGCUCAGAAUGGUUCGUACGCCGAUCUGGUUAAUCUGCAAACGCUGGGAUCUGCGCUAGCGAAAAACGAGACAACAGUCAGCAUCGAGAGCAUCAGUAAGUCGGAUCAGCACUCUUUGACGGAUACCGAAAACGAAAAGACGCCUGUGUCUGCUGAAGAAACCGCCUUGCCGGCCGGCGAGACCCCCAGCGCCGAAUCAGAAGAAGAGCCGGACGAGCCCCCGACGCCGUCCAAAUCGUUGUGGGCUUUAGUGCGAGGAUACGCGCCCGCCUUGCGACCACACCUGUUGACUAUAUUCCUGGCGCUACUCGGCGCCAGCGUGGUGGGUGGCGCCUUCUCGGGUGAGGCCGUGAUUUUCGGUAACACCGUCGGCAGUCUGAAUCCCUGCCACGGCGCCGACAGCAUCCGAUCGCGUGGUAACUUCUUUGGACUGAUGUUCUUUGUUCUUGCUAUCAUUGAGUUCUUCGCGAACCUUGUCAGCUGGGCCGGAUUUGGCUGGGUCUCGGAAAAGAUCGUGUACACGGUGCGCGUCUUGUCUUUCCGCUCCCUGUUCGAGCAAGAUCUUCAAUGGCAUCAGUCAGAGGGCCGUAGCCCUGCGUUGCUCCUAUCCUACAUCACUCGCGAUGGCAACGCAUUGGCUGGUCUUAGUGGGUCCGUCAUCGGUACCUUGUUUUCGAUUUCCGUCAAUCUCGUCGCCGCUAUCAUCCUCACCCAUAUUAUUGCCUGGAGGAUCGCGCUGGUCUGUCUUGCAUUGGUUCCCCUUCUCCUUGGGGCGGGCCUGAUGGAACUCCACGUGCUGGGUCGAUUCGAGGAACGGCACGAAAACGCGUAUACUAAGUCCGUGGACAUCGGUGUCGAAUCGAUCACCUCCAUCAAAACAAUCGCCUCCUUGUCCCUGGAGGAAGCCACACUGAAGACUUAUCGACGAUCGUUAAAGGGGCCACGAAAGGAGACGCUCAACGUGACCCUCCUAGCCAGCUUCUGGCAAGCAAUGACCUACUUCCUAGGAAACUUGGUAAAUGCACUCGCCUACUGGUGGGGCGCCAAGCAGAUCAUCGCUGGCAACUAUACCCAAACACAAUUCCUCAUUGUCGUGUUUUCCCUGCUGGUGAGCGCCCUUCUCUGGAGUCAGAUGUUUGCUCUCGCCCCGGAGCUGUCCAGCGCCCGCGCGGCGAUGGCGCGGAUCUUGGGUCUCAUCGAGAUUGGGUCGGACAAAAUGCAAGGACGCGUACCGAGUCCUUCUGUCCCCGGCUCGGGCGAGGGUGACCUGGAGGCAACAAUCGAGACAAAGCUGCCAGACGUGUCGGGUCACCCGGCCUCGAGCGUUCAACUCCGCGACGUCCACUUCUCCUACCCGGCGCGACCGGACAUCAAGGUGCUCAACGGCUUGACUGUGGACAUUCGGCCGGGAAAAUUCUGCGCCCUGGUGGGACCCAGCGGUGCCGGUAAAUCAACCAUUAUCUCGCUGGUGGAGCGAUUGUACACGCCGCAGUCCGGCGCGAUCGUGGUGGACGGCGUCGACGUGACCAAACACCGCGGCGUCGCGUUCCGCGACACGAUCGCCCUUGUUCCCCAGGAAAGUGUCCUCUUUGAGGGCAGUAUCGCGUUCAACAUCGGUCUGGGGGCUCGACCAGGCCACGAAGCGACCGCGGAGGAAAUCGAAGAAGCGUGCAAGCUGGCGAAUAUCCACGAGGUGAUUCAAGCGCUGCCCGAGGGGUACCAGACGCUCUGCGGGCCCAACGGUAGCCAGUUUUCAGGCGGUCAGAAGCAACGACUGUCGAUCGCUCGGGCGCUAGUCCGGAAGCCGAAGCUGCUCAUUCUAGACGAAUCCACCAGCGCUCUGGACGCGGAAUCGGAGAAGCUCCUGCAGGACGGGCUGGAGAAGGCGGCGCGCGGGAUUACGGUCAUCGCGAUCGCCCAUCGACUUCAUACGAUCCGCAAGGCGGACGUCAUCUUCUUGAUCGAUGAGGGUCGAUGCGUGGAUCAUGGAUCGCACGAGGAAUUGCUACAGAGGUCGGACAGCUACCGGGCUAAUGUCAUGCAUCAGACCGUGGCAACGUAA